AGAGGCAACAUACAGACAACACAGCUGGUGUCUGCAGAUGGUAAAAGAGGUAAAGCUACUUGCAACAAUAACAGCAACAUCCAAACUGUGGAUUACUACUGGACAGAUUUUUUUGUGCAUUCUUCCUCAUAAACUGUAAAAAAAGUAAGUGAUUUGCAAUCUUUUGGCUUCUAGAGGUGUAAAUGUUCAGAGGGAUUAAAGGGAUUAGAUUAGAGUGAUACUGGACAGUAUGGCAGUAGCUAAUCCAUGCCUCCAGGAGUGGGAUGAAUGGAAGAAAGAGAUGGAGGAGAACAGGAAAAGGAGAUGGCGUGAGAGGGUGAGUCGUUGGGCUAAGGUGGAGGUGAGCGAUGAGGAGGAACAAGGGGAGGAUGAUGGUGAGGAAGAGGAGGCAGAAGACAUGGACAAUGAGGAAGAAGAAGUGAGCAAAGAUGAGGAAGAAAAUGAAACAGAUGAGAAGGGAGAAGAAGUGGAGCAGGAAGAGAUGGAGGUGAGGGAAGCAGAGGAGAUGGAGGAAGAAAGUGAAAAUGAGGUAGGGAGGGGGGUCAAGGAGACGAAAAAGGGAAAUGAGGAGGAAGACAGAGAGGUGGUUGAAGCACAUGAAAGGGUACACGUGGAGGAAGAAGAGAAAGAGGAAGAAAAUGAGGUGGAGAGGGAGGUUAAGGAGAAUGAGGAGGUGGAUGAGGACAAGGAGAAAGAGGUAAAAGCAGAGGAACUGGUGGAAGGGGAGGAAGAAGGAGAAAAUGAGGUGGAGAGGGAGGUUAAGGAGAACAAGGAAUUGGAUGUAGAAGAGGAGAAGGAGGUAACAGAAGCAGAAGAAGUGGAGGAAGAGGAGAAGGAGGUAGAGAAUGAGGUGUUGAGGGAAGUUAACGAUUAUGGGGAGGUGGUGGAAAAAGAGGUGAUGGAAGCAGAAGAAAUGGAGGAAGAGCAGGAAGAAGGAGAAGAUGAGUUUGAGAGGGAUGUUAAGGUGAAUGAAGAGGAAGACAGGCAAGUGAGGAAAGAAGAGCAGGUCGAUGAGGAAAUUGAUGGGAAAGAGGAGCAUCAGGACCAGGAGCAAAUUGGACAAUAUCACCUGGCGGAGAAAUUCCGAGAACAGAUGAGAAGAAUUGAGGAUGAGAACGUUCAGCAAAACCAAGAAAGUACAAGGCAAGAAGACAAAACAGUUAACGAGGAAGAAAAAUUGUCAGAUUCAGCGGAAUCCGAGAAUGAAGAUUCUGAAUUGACAGGAUCUGAGGAUGAAUGUUGCAACUUUGAAAGGAUAAAGGAUGACAACAACAAACAAUAUAAGGAUACUGAAGAACUGGAGGAUGCUGAUGAAAAGUCAUGGAGGAAUGAAAAUAGCAUCCUAGGAGCGGGGACUUCUAAGGAAAGAAAAGAAGAGGAAAGUGAGAAGUUGACAGAGGAGGAAGAAGCAGUCGCAGAAUCUUGGACAGCUCAAGAAGAAGAGUUUCAAGAUGAUCACAAAAAGCUUCAAGAGGAAGAGUCUACAGAUGACGAGGAAGCAGAACAUUCAAUGGACGAAGACACAGAUAGUAAUGAUGAAGAUGUGGUAAAGAUUUACUGCAAAGAUGAUUAUCUCACAGACCUAUUCUGCACCUUAACAGAGUUCAGGGACUCCUCCCUUCUUACUGACCUUACUUUAAGUACAGAGGAUGGGAAGAGUUUCCUUGUACACUCCCCUGUCCUGGCUGCUGUCAGCUCCCUCAUCCGGGAAAGACUGAGUAGAAGCAAUGUAGAAAACUAUAGAGGCGAAGAAAGAAAAGACAAUGAUACACGUGUUGGAGUCCACAUGUGGUUAGUGUCUCUGGGUCCAGAGGUAGAUCAUGUUGGAUUAGAGGCAGUUGUGGAGUUUGCCUACACUGGACUCAUAUCACGUUUGAACAAGGACACUGUGCACCAGAUAAAGGCUGUGGCUCAAACACUGGGUGUCCCCAGGGUGCUGGAUCUCUGCAUAGAGGAAGAAGAAAAGUCCACAAAAACUGGAGGGCAGGAGAAAGAAGAAAAGAUCUCGGCUGCAGAACAAAUGAUGAUCAGUCUUCAGUCCAUCAAACAACUGUGGAUGGACAGAGUUGGCUGUGAUGUCAUUCUGGAAGCUCUCGGAGGAUCGCUUCAUGUCCACAGAGUUAUCCUGGCUGUGUUGAGUGACUACUUCCGUGGCAUGUUCACCUUGGGGAUGAGGGAGUCCCAUCAGCCCUGUGUAAGCCUUCCCUUCCUUUUGGCUUCAGAGCUUGAGGUUCUGAUUGACUGCUCCUACAGCGGGGCUCUCCCCCUAAGCUGGAGGUGUGUCUUUGAGAUCACCAGCACUGCUCUCCAGCUCCAGUACCAACCUGCCCUCUCUUUGUGCCUUGACUUCCUGCAACAAGAAAUAAAUCCUCACUCCUGCCUGGAUGUGGCAUCUUUUGCUGAGGCCUAUGAGAUGGUGCAGCUUCUAGAAGUCGCAGAUGAUUUCGUCUUGCGGCAAUUCCAAAAGGUGGUAUGCACCUCAAAGUUCAAGGACCUGCCAGCCAAACAGCUCCUAAAGUACCUGAACAGUCACUCGCUCUGUGUUUCAUCUGAGCUUGUUGUAUUCAAAGCAGUGGUGGCAUGGAUCCAAGCAAAGCCUAAGAAAAGGCUGAAGCUUGCUAAAGAACUAAUGAAAACCAUCCACUUUACCCUGAUGACAUUUACGGAAUUCAGAGAGGUCCAAUCUCUGAACAUGUGGUCUGAUCACAACCUGGCAGAGAUCUAUGAAGCAGUUUUUGAGGAUUUCUGCUCAAAUGAGACUGCACUGCAGAGUCAGUGCCGCAUCUAUAUGCCGAAAGAGAGUCUGGUUGUGAUUGGAGGCGACCAGACAUUUGAAGACCUGGGUACCCGCAGCAUUAGCAGAGAACUCUGGUUUGGGAAUUCCCUAAGGAACCAUACAGGGAUAAAAAAGGCAUUGGAGUGGAGAAAGUUGGGAGAGAUGCCAGAGCCAGCGAGGUUCAGACAUGAGGUGACUGUGCUCAAAGGACAACUAUAUGUGUUUGGAGGCAAGAAGUAUUAUGGCAUCAGGGACACCCUGAAUUCUGUAUACAGGUAUGACCCCCUUCAAAACAGCUGGGAAAGCCUGGCUGAAAUGCAGGAGAAGAGAUGCUCUUUCUCUGUGGUUGUGUUGGAUGGAAAGAUAUAUGCCAUUGGCGGAUAUUGUGACCCUGACUAUAUAGAAAGUGUGGAACGAUACUGCCCCACUGCAAACUCUUGGAGCUUCACCUGUCCCUUGGAUCUGCCUCUGAGUGGCCAUGUAGCAAAAGUUUUACAAGGGCAGAUCUUUAUCUCAGGAGGGCUGAGCAGCGACUACCAAUGUCUUGCAUCCAUGUUUCUGUACCACCCAGAGACAGGAAGCACUUAUUUGGCAAACAUGGCUAAACCUCGAAUUUAUCACUGCAUGGACGUCCUAGGUGAAUGUCUUUAUGUAGCAGGUGGAAUCACCAGAGAUGAUGACAUGACCAUUGUUGACCAGCUAGCUUGUGAGGUGUACAAUCCAGUGGCUAACUCCUGGACUGCCUUCACAUCUCUGCCAGUGCCACAUGUAGGAGCAGGAAGUGCAGUUUUGGAGGGAAAGUUUUAUGUGCUGGGUGGAUACAGCCAGGAGGACUACAGUGACACGAAGAUGGUCCAUCGUUAUGAUCCCACCACACAGAGAUGGGAGAACAUGGGCAAGAUGCCUGGGCCAAACAAUGACAUACGAGCAUCUCUGCUGUGUUUGCCACCACAUUUACGACUGUAAGACGUGGUGACAUAUGCCAUUACUAUUGUUGUUUUACAUAAAGUUUAAUGAUGAAUUUUAGGAUACUUAUUGCAUGUUAUUAACAAUAAUGUUUUUGUAAUUUAGCAAACAUUCUUCCAUCGUGGACGAUAUCUUGAUCGAGGUAAAUUAACUUUCACAGUAUAUGAAUUAAACCUUUAGCCAUGCCAAAUGUAGGAUAUCUAUAUAAUGUAGUGCAAUUUUGGUGCUAUAUAUUUAGAUUCAAAAGGUGUCUGUAAUAAAAUAGUUCAUGUUUUAGCUUUGGAUGGGAUGAUAAUUAUUUCCAUCACUCAUUGCCGCAAUAACCAACUAUGAACAACAAUGACAAUGACAAACACAUUUGUCAUUGCAGAAGGUGCAGAAAGCCGUGUUUAGUCACCAGAGACAGGAAAAGAGAUAAUGUAAGAAGUUUAUUGUUUUGCUUUCAUUGUUCUGAAGAAGGUUCA